CAUUGUUCCUUCCUUACAGGGUACUUCUUUCGUAGGCUAACCCGAUCAUUUUUGAAUCCAUGGGUUCUUGCAAAAGCUGCAAGUCCACAAGCCUAAUCGUCGAUUCAGUAACCGGAAACCUAGAGUGCUCCUCAUGCGGCGUCGUCCAAGAUUUCAACAAUUUUGAACAGCAAACGUUCAACGCUGACGGACCAGUCGAUACAAACGUCCGAUUAGGCUCAUCAGGAUCUGGAUACGACUAUUCUUACCGCGAAACCAAAAUUUACCAAGCACAAAAUAUCAUCACCGACAUAUUAUCACGCCUUGAUUUACAACAAAGAUUUGAUGAGGUUAAUAACAUGAUUAAAAUCAUAACCGAAGAGGAGUACGGUUCAGGCAAUUGGUUUAACGUACUCGUUGGCGCCUGUGUCUACGUAGUCAUGCGAAAAGCAAACAAAUUGUUACCAUUGACGAGCGUAUGCGAUUCCAUAGGUUGUGAUAUUUACGAGUUGGGUCGAAUGGUGUCGCGUGUCGUUGAUCAUCUUGACUUGAAGCUGCCGGAUUUCGAUAUAGUAGGGUUGUUCAAUCGUGUAUUUAAAGAAUGGGUUAGCGGUAGGAAUAAUAAUAUCGGGAAAGAUCUAAGCGGGAAGAUGGUGAAACAGGGUAUUUUCUUGCUACAAUGUAUGAUCAAGUGGUACGUGACAACCGGCAGGCGGCCAGUGCCGGCGGUGGUGGCGGUGAUGGUGUUUGUUUGUGAGCUUAAUGACGUUGAGAUCAGUAUCGAUGAUUUAGCCGGUCAGUUAAACGUGGCGGUUGCAACGUGCAAAUUACGGUACAAAGAACUUCUAAAAUGUUUAGUGGAUGUUGCAAGAGCUAAUCUACCAUGGGGAGAUGAUGUUAAUGUUAAGAAUAUUAUGAUAAACGCGUAGAUUGUUAUUCAGUAUAUGGAGGUGAAAUCAAUGUGAAAUCCCAGAAAAGAAAUCGCGUACACGAUCCCUAUCAUGCCCCUUUUGCCGGGUCAGCCUAAAGAGGGUUGACUCGAGUGAGCUGUGGGUGUAUGUUGACUCCAAAGAAGCAAUCUACAUGGCCACAAUAACACGAGAAAAUCUGAAACGGUUCUUCAUGUAUAUAGACAAGCUGCCUCUCGUCAUUCCCACCUCGAAUUUUGACACCUACGAUUCGCAUUUGAUGUAAAGCAUAUAUUAACCCCCUGCGUUCGUACUAAUUUACAUAUCUACCCCCUUUGUGAAAUGAAGAAAGCCCGAUAUUCGUUUGGGUUUGUUUAGGCUUCUAGAAAUCAAGUGGUUGGUUGUUGAGAUGAACCCGGCCCGAAUUUGUUGUGGGCACGGGGUUGAUAGUUAACUUGAAGCAUAAAAUGAUGGUUGUUGUAUGUAAUAAAUAUAUGUAUGUAUAUGCUUAAAUGCUAAACUGUCUAAUUUCAUGGUCCUGGAGAUCAUAUGGAUCUGAACCCUACUUGAAAAUAUUAAUUGUAUGUACAGGUUUGGCAUUUAUAUAAAAACUUUCUUCAUAUA